AUGGACUUGAAGGUACACCAAGACUGCCUUCACCGACUGGCCCAAAGCCUGGGGGUCCAGGCUGAGAAGGUGUUGGAGGACUCAGACCCUACCAUCAACAUCCUGCAAUCAGACACCCCCACCAGAGUGGCCCUCCCAAUCAAUAAAAUGGUGGCCAAAAUCUCCAGGUCCCUCUGGCAAACCUUGGCCUCUAUUCCACCACCAGACAAGAAGGCCGAGUGGUGGUGUUUUGUUUCCCAGGAAGGGAAUGAAUACCUUUUCCCUCAUCCAGCUCUGGGGUCGCUUGUCGUUCAGGCGGUGAACCAGAUUGAGAGGCAGGGCCAGCUGGGCGCCACCUCUAAGAACAGCGGUGCCAAAAAGAUGGACCUACACCUGGCAACCCUCUACGCAUCUGGAGGCCUCCAAUUUCAAAUAGCGAACCAGCAGCUUCUGCUGUCCUGCUAUGCCUACAACAUCUGGGCCUCCAUGGACAAGUUCACCGAACUCCUCCCCGGGGAUUCUCGGCCUGAGUUUGGAGCUGAUGAGGCUGCGCAUGCCAUGGGCAUGGGGUUGGUGUUACACUGUAGCUCCUGGCUGCAGGUCCUGAUCCUAGAUAUCUGCAGGGUUGCCACAUGGUCCUCUGUUCAUACCUUUUCUGAUCACUACACGCUGACGCAUCAGACAAAGGAGGAUGCUGCCUUGGGUGCCUCUGAGAUCUGCCCUGACCUAAUCUGCCCACGAAAUGCCAAGUGUGUGAACAGCACCCACUGCGCCUGCCUGGAGGGAUUCCUGUCACGAGGGGGUCGCUUCUUCAAUGACACAUUGGAGACCUGCGACGAUAUCGACGAGUGUCUGGGGCCCAAUCCAGUAAACUGCGGACCCGACGCCAAGUGCAACAACCUGCCUGGGAGUUUCUACUGCAGCUGCGCCGAUGGCUACGAGUCCAGCUCUGGGAAAGCCAGAUUCCCGAACGCGAGUGAGAACAGCUGCCGGGAUAUCGACGAGUGUCUGUGGCCGCCUGGAGUAACCUGCGGACCCAACGCCAACUGCACCAACCUUCCUGGGAGUUUCUAUUGCACCUGCGCCGAUGGCUACAAGACCAGCUCUGGGAAAGCCAGAUUCCCGAACGCCAGUGAGAACAGCUGCCGGGGAGCCAAAUCGCAGUGUGGGUCCCCUCCAGCGCGGAACUCACCCUCUGCCUGGGUCUCUCCACAGGGAGAGCUGCGCGGGAGCAGCAGCGGAUUCUGCUCUUUCCUCAAUUCGACCUUAAGGAUUUUGAAGUCUGAGUGUGGAGAGGGGAAUGCAACAUUAUCCCUGGAGGAAACCACUCGCUCCUUCAACUCCUUCCUGAACCGCACCUCCCUCGGGUCCAGCAGAUGCGAGGGGGAGGUGGCGUCGGCAGUGACCGUCCUGCUGCAGAGCGUGGAACGGGUUGCGCUGGCCACUGCGCUCCGGUCUCCGGGGCAGGCGACACAGAACAUGAGGACAGAGUCUAUGGCUAUCGAGACGCGGGUCAUCUCAGAGAACUGCAGCCAGCACAGUGAGGCCUUCCGGCUGAGCAGUGACGGGGAGACGAUGGAAGUGCACUGCACUACGGUCACCCACGCAGCCACGCAAGCGCACUUGGGGGCUGCUGCUUUUAUUGCCUACUCCUCCCUGCACUCCAUCUUCAAUGAGAGACUUUUCAGCUCAGGCUGUUUGUCGGCUGGAGGGAUGCUGGAGAAGAGUCACCUCGGCUCCAGGGUGGUGAGUGGAGCUGUCGGUGACGGGGGACCCAUUUGCCUCUCCAGACCGGCAAACUUCACCCUGCGCCAUCAACAGCCCAGAAAGGAGCAGGAAGUGGCUCUCUGCGUUUACUGGAAAUUUGAGGCCGGCAAAGGGAGCUGGUCUCCAGAUGGCUGCACCACCCUGCACGUGAACAGCACCCACACGACCUGCAGCUGCGACCAUCUCUCCAGCUUCGCCAUCCUAAUGGCUCCCACUGCAGUGACGGAGAGUCGCCCACUGAACAUCCUCAUCUAUGUGGGCCUGAGCCUCUCCCUGCUGUGCCUCCUCCUCACCAUCCUCACCUUCCUCCUGUGCCGCUCCAUCUGGAACGUCAGCACCGCCCUCCACCUGCAGCUCUGCCUCUGCCUCUUCCUGGCCGACCUGCUCGUCCUCAGCAGCCAGUGGGUCUCUCCCAUAUCCAACCAAUCCCAUUCCAGCUGCAGUGUCCCUGAGGUCUCUGUGGCUUGUGCAGUAAUUGCUGGCCUCUUACACUACCUCUUCCUGGCCUGCUUCACCUGGAUGCUCCUGGAGGGGCUGCACCUCUUCCUCACCGCCAGGACCUUGAAAGAGGUGUAUUACACCAGCAUCAGACGGUUCAAGAAGAGACACAUGUACCCGUUUGGCUACGGAUUCCCAGCCCUGAUCGUGGCUAUUUCUGCCGCAGUGAAUCCUAAAGGCUACGGAACUUCCGAGCACUGCUGGCUCAGCCUGGACAGAGGCUUUCGCUGGAGUUUCCUGGGGCCAGUCUGUGUCAUAAUCCUGAUAAAUGUGACGUUCUUUGCCCUGACCCUGUGGAUCCUGAGAAGCAGUCUGUCCUCCCUCAAUGCGGAUGUGUCCACCCUCAGAGGCCACAGACUAAUGAUCUUUAAAACCAUCGUCCAGCUCUUCGUUCUGGGCUGUACAUGGAUCCUUGGUCUUCUCCAAGUCGGCCCAGCAGCCACGCUCAUGGCGUAUUGGUUCAACAUCAUCAACAGCCUGCAGGGAGCCUUCAUCUUCCUGGUGCACUGUCUCCUCAAUCGCCAGGUGAGAGAGGAGUACAGGAGAUGGAUCAGGGGAUUUCGACCACCUCGCAAGAAAUCUCAGACAGACGAUCUCUCCAUGUCGACUGUCCCCACCACUGGCACAAAGGCGAUGUCUGGAUAGUGGGAGUCCUCAAUCACCAAGUCCCGUGCUUUGGAUAAUUUUGUUAUUGGAUCUUCAGAGUAGAAUCUCAGGGGAAGGAAUACAUGAUGUACAGGUCAGGAACCCACAAGAGGAUCUUCCCUGGGACACUACAAGGCCUAGUGUUUGAGGAGAGGGAAAGGGAAACAGGCUGAACCAGUCUUACAGAUCAUGCCUGGAGAGCAUGUAGCCUGCUGGUUCAGAGCUUUGCUCUCCCCCCACCCGCAUCUAUUCCACUUAAGUCUGGAGGGGAAAGACUUGUCCAUCUGAGAUUCUUUACAAUGACAGUGUCUCUCCUGCAAGCACUAGUGUCAUGUUUUACAAUUCCUACAUUUAAGGUUAACAUGGUUUGUGACCCCACAACAGUUGAAUUAGUGACAACAGGCAAAAUUCCAUUCUAACAACUGAGCAUCCAUCAGGCCUGUAGCACUGACUGAACUGGAUUUACACAAGCACACCCAGGAUCUCUCUCCCAUUCCAGCAUGAACUGUAUUUAUAUGACAACAUUUGAACACCUUACAGGGCUAAACCACUGAGUGAGCAUGACCACGCCCAGGAUUCCCUUCCUCUUCCAACUGGCUGCAUUUGAAGCAUUGAUUCAGAACCUGCUCACUCAGUCAUAUGGGCCCAUUUUACCUGAUGACUAAUGAAGGGCAGAUUGGUGACCCUGAAGCUGAGGCAAGCACCCUAGAAGAUCCCACCGAAACCAGAACAUGACAGAAAG